UCUGAGCGCGACGACUUCCCCUCCUCUCUCUCUCUCUCAAAACGAAACCCUAAAAGCCUCUCUCCUCUUGUUGUUGCCUCCAGAUCUCAACCCUCUCCCUAUAAAAGACCCUUCUUUUUGAAAUCCCCCCCUAUAAAUCCACUUUUUCCGUCAUUUCCCGCUCAAAUUUCAUCGAUUUCUCACCCCGAUCGUCCGUGGAAUCCUCCAAUCCGGAGAGACACCUGCGGGUUUGGUGUGGAAUUGGGCGAGAUCGUUAGAUUCGUCUCCUUCCUUGUUCCUGCUCGAGAUCUAUAUUGUUCCCUUCUUCCCAUCGUCUCAGAAACCCCAAGAAUCGAAGAGGAUGUCCGAUAUUGCGACAAUGUGCUUCCCUGGAUCAGAUUAUUCGAAAAAUUCUUUUUGCUGAAAUAAUCGGAUAUUUUAGUUGAAAAUCGGCCUUUUUUCUUCCAAUCUUUGUGGGUUUCAACUGAAAACAACAAAAAAAGAAAAAGAAAAAAGGAAACUUUAUUGAUCUUAUUAAGUUAAUAGGGAGGGAAUCAGAUCGAAAAGCUAUAGAUCUGAAGGCUUUUGAUAGAUUUUAGAGAUAAGUGAGCUGAAAUCUGAGAAAGUUGGAAUUGAUAUUUAAGAGGAGGGAUUCGAGAGGCGGAGCAUGAGCGAUCAGGUCGGAGAGGGGAGCCAGCCGGUUGAUCUCUCCAAGCACCCUUCUGGUAUCGUUCCCACGCUCCAGAAUAUUGUUUCAACUGUUAAUCUAGACUGCAAGUUGGAUCUUAAAGCAAUAGCUCUGCAAGCCCGUAAUGCUGAAUACAAUCCCAAGCGUUUUGCUGCAGUAAUCAUGAGAAUAAGAGAACCGAAAACCACUGCAUUGAUAUUUGCAUCAGGAAAAAUGGUGUGUACAGGAGCAAAGAGUGAACAACAGUCCAAACUUGCAGCAAGGAAGUAUGCCCGGAUCAUUCAGAAGCUUGGCUUUCCUGCUAAAUUCAAGGACUUCAAGAUUCAAAACAUUGUCGGCUCAUGUGAUGUCAAAUUUCCGAUAAGACUAGAGGGCCUUGCGUAUUCGCAUGGUGCUUUCUGCAGUUACGAACCAGAGCUCUUUCCUGGUCUGAUCUAUCGGAUGAAACAGCCAAAAAUUGUGCUCCUCAUCUUUGUCUCGGGCAAAAUCGUUCUUACAGGAGCCAAGGUGAGAGAUGAGACAUAUGCUGCCUUUGAGAACAUAUAUCCAGUCCUCACAGAAUUCAGGAAAAGCCAGCAAUGAUUCUCUCAAGAGACAGAUGCUAAUGUUUUGAGCUCUCAAUUGUAUAGACUUUGAAGAAACCGCGGAGACCAGUUUGGUUGCGAGAUUUGACAGUUAUAAAUAACCGUUGUAUCAAGAUUUUGAGCUGGUGUAUGAUUAUCUUGAUGGUCAUGUUUAAGGGUUAUAGAGAUUAGAGACCAAAAGAGUGUUAACCGCUUGUUUUUAAUGUUUCAAAGGAAUUCAUUUGCCUCUUGCAUCCA